UUUCACUUGCAUGGUAGCUUGUGUGCGGUGUCGGCAUAAACGGGAGAAAAACAGGAGCAAACACGGAGGCGCCGAGAUUGUUACAGAAAUGGACGGCAUCAGUGAUGUUGCAGUUGGUGUGAAGAGAGGAUCGGAUGAGCUGAGUAUGUACAACAAUUCCAACUCUGGCAUGAGCAGUAACAGUGAUGGGGCUCCCAAUGGCAGUGAUAGUAAGAAGCUAAGGGUGGAGGAGGCCCCGCCGUCUCGUGUGAUCCACAUUAGGAAGCUGCCAAACGAGGCCUCAGAGACUGAGGUCAUUGCCCUCGGCCUCCCCUUUGGCAAAGUAACCAAUAUUCUCACACUGAAGGGAAAGAAUCAGGCGUUCUUGGAGAUGGGGACAGAGGAGGCAGCUGUCACUAUGGUUAACUACUACUCCAAAGUAACUCCCCUUAUCCGUAACAUCCAAGUGUUUAUUCAGUACUCCAAUCACAAAGAACUCAAAACUGAUGCUGCUAAUCAGCGGACCCAGGCCAUGCUGCAAGCAGUGUCAGCAGCCCAGUCACCAGGGUCCGAGGUACAGGAGGUCCUGGCUGCAGUUUCCAGUCCUGUGCUGCGCAUCAUUAUUGAUAACAUGUUCUACCCUGUAACGUUGGAUGUACUGCAACAGAUUUUCUCCAAGUUUGGCACAGUCAUGAAGAUAAUCACGUUCACCAAGAACAAUCAGUUCCAGGCUCUUCUGCAGUUCAGCGAUCCUGUCAGUGCACAGCAGGCCAAACUGGCACUGGAUGGCCAGAACAUCUACAAUUCCUGUUGCACACUCCGUAUUGACUUCUCCAAGCUGGUCAACCUGAAUGUGAAGUACAACAAUGAUAAGAGUCGCGACUACACCCGACCUGAGCUGCCAGCUGGUGAUGGCCAGCCCAGUUUUGACCCCACAGUUGCCGUUGCCUUCAGCAAAGACUCCAGUUCUCUCCUCGGUAAGAUCCCAGGAGCCCUGAACCCUCUGAGUGCGGCGGCAGCUGCUGCUGCUGCAGCGGGGAGGGUGGCCCUCGCUGGGCAGACGGGCUCCAGUGGGGUCCUGCUGGUUAGCAACCUCAAUGAGGAGAUGGUUACGCCCCAAAGUCUGUUUACCCUCUUCGGAGUGUAUGGUGAUGUCCAGAGGGUGAAAAUUCUUUACAACAAGAAGGACAGUGCUCUCAUACAGAUGUCUGAGUCCAAUCAGGCCCAGCUAGCUAUGAGCCACCUGAAUGGCCAAAAGAUGUACGGGAAGAUCAUCCGGGUGACACUUUCCAAGCACCAGACGGUGGCAUUGCCUCGGGACGGCCUGGAUGACCAAGGUCUAACCAAGGAUUUUGCCAACUCCCCACUUCAUCGUUUCAAGAAACCAGGUUCCAAGAACUUCCAGAACAUCUUUCCACCCUCUGCCACUCUUCACCUUUCCAAUAUCCCACAAGAUGUGACAGAAGAUGACCUGCGGCUGCUCUUCUCCAACACUGGAGGCACUGUGAAAGCGUUCAAAUUUUUCCAAGAUCGCAAGAUGGCUCUGAUCCAGAUGUCAACAGUGGAGGAAGCCAUCCAGGCACUGAUCGACCUUCACAACUAUAACAUGGGAGGCAACCAGCACCUGAGAGUCUCGUUCUCCAAGUCCACCAUUUAAGAAUGUGACCCACAGGUUCCUGACAGUAUGACUAUGAUGGUUUAACUAUUUAAAGCUCUUAGACUGUCUGAACACCAGGGGGACCACAUAGAUUGAAUCAGUUAUUUUGAUUGUAUCAUUCCUUGAUAUGUUUGUAUAUCCUUUUA